UCUCCACACUCCCCAACCCAAACAUGGCUUAUUCUUCUUCUUCAAUCCACUUCCUUCUCCUCUUCUCUUUUCUAUUCACUUCUCUCGCUCGUCUCUCUCCCGAGACCACCACGACUACCCUCGAUGUCGCUUCGUCUCUUCAACAGGCUCAACAUAUUCUCUCCUUCGAUCCACAAUGUGUAGAACCUUUCUCUCAGGCCCAAAACCAACCCCUUUUCUCCAACUCUUCUUCCUCUUCUGUUUUCUCUGUUCCACUCCACUCUCGGGGAUCCUUGCACAAAACCCACCACACCGACUACAAAAAUCUUGUGCUAUCCCGACUCGAGCGUGACUCUUCCCGAGUCGACUCACUCACUACCAAACUCCUCUUUGCCCUUAAUGGAGUCGAGAAAUCUGAGCUGAAGCCGGUGCCGACCAAGAUCCAAGCUGAGGCGCUUUCUACGCCGAUUAUUUCCGGGACAAGCCAAGGGAGUGGGGAUUAUUUCACCCGGGUCGGAGUCGGUAGCCCGGCUAAACAAUACUACGUGGUUCUCGAUACCGGGAGUGAUGUUAACUGGAUCCAAUGUGAACCCUGUGCCGACUGUUACCAACAAUCCGACCCCAUUUUUAACCCAUCCGAAUCCUCCACUUACAGUCCUAUUACUUGCAAGUCGAGGCAGUGUACUUCUCUAGAAGUUACCGCUUGCCGUAGAGGGAAAUGCUUAUACCAAGUCUCGUACGGCGAUGGGUCAUAUACUGUCGGUGAUUUCGUCACCGAAACAGUGUCGUUCGGUAACUCCGGGAACAUCAAAGGCAUCGCUUUGGGUUGUGGCCAUGAUAAUGAAGGCUUGUUUGUUGGAGCGGCGGGUUUGCUUGGACUCGGCGGUGGAACCUUGUCUUUAAGUUCGCAGAUCAAAGCGACAUCGUUUUCUUACUGUUUAGUGGAUCGUGACUCGAGCGGUUCGUCGACUUUGGAUUUCAACUCCGGCUUACCAGCCGACUCGGUGGUCGCUCCAUUAAUGAAGAGCGUGAAGAUCGAUACGUUUUAUUACGUCGGUCUGACCGGGUUCAGUGUAGGAGGCCAACCGGUUCAAAUCGCCCCAGAGCUCUUCGACAUGGACGAUUCGGGCGAAGGAGGUGUUAUCAUAGACUGCGGGACCGCCAUAACUCGGCUGCAAACUCAGGCGUACAACGCGCUCCGAGACGCGUUCGUGAAACUGACGAAGGACUUGCCGAGCACGAGCGGGGUGGCGUUGUUCGACACGUGUUACGACCUGUCUUCGAGGAGCAGCGUGAAGGUGCCAACGGUGUCGUUUCAUUUCGGCGGUGGGAAAUCGCUGGAUUUACCCGCUAACAACUAUCUAAUACCCCUGGACUCGUCGGGUACGUUUUGCUUCGCGUUUGCUCCUACGUCGUCGUCUAUGUCGAUCAUCGGUAACGUGCAACAGCAGGGGACACGUGUCAGCUUCGAUUUGGUUGAUAAUAGGAUCGGCUUCUCUUCACAUCAAUGUUAAGACAUAAUUUACAGCCUUUUAAUCUCUGGUUAAAAAAAGGGGUUUAACUAGUAAGAUUUUGUUUUACAUUCAGUCGAGUGGGGCAGCAGAUUAAAAGAAGGUUGGGUCCCACUCGAACAAAUACCAAAGGGAAAGAAACAAACUUUAGGGUUUUAAAUCUGCAUUAACUUUAGUAGUAGAAUAUUUUACUUAUUCAUUGUAAAAUCAGUCCAGAAUUUCAUGAUAAUAUUAGUUUUUUAUUUUCACUUUUA